GAUCACCCUGGACUUCGACGAAUUUCCACCGCCGAGGUCGGAACGUCCCGGGUCGGUCGCGACCGGCAUCGCUUCUUGUCUCUCGCCUAUCGAGGAGAACAGCGAGACCUCGACCUCGAGCGGAGGUCGAGGUCGGCCCUGCGAGAUGCCGCACCGGAAGUAUCACACUUACCCGAGGUCGCGGAUUCCACUGCCUCGACGGAGACUGACGAGACCUCACGACCCUAGGAUGUACCCCCUGGAGCCUCGCGAGGUCGACCUCGAAGCCUUCCAGCAGCUUCACACCGCCGAUAGCCAGGAGGAGCUGCAGGAGUUCCUGCUCCUGGAGAGCCAGUGCAGCGGCCAUCUUGGUCUCGGGACCGCCACUUCAGCCUCCGCUUCCGCGUCGGCGUCGGAGUUGUCCUUCGGCGGUUUCCGCAGCGAGGACGACCGGGGCACCGUGUCAGAUUACUGACACCGGCCUCGCAUCAGCCACGUAGAGAGGGACCGGGAGAUGCACGACCGGGUGCACCAAGCGAGGUCGACCCUGAAGUGCAG